AAGGCAAAGCAACAAACACACUCAGAGAAAAGGGAAAGAAAAAGAAAGGAACAUAAAAAGAAAUUACUGGAAAAAAAAAAAAAGAAAAGAGGGAAAAAAUCUCGUGUUGUUUUUGUAUUGUAUCUUUGUAUUUAACGCUUUCAGCUUCAGUUUGUUGUUCCAAAGUCACUCUCUUUGCAACCUCCGAGGAAUUUCAUCUCUCUUCUCUCUCUCUCUCUCUCUCUCAUACACAAAAAGGAAGCAGCUUGUGUCAGCAGCAACAAGUGCCUUCUGUUUUCUCUUCUCCGUUUUCUUUUUUGUUGCCGGAAAAAAUGCUGGUUCGGAGGAGGGUAAUGAGUUGGAGGAGGGUGGCGAAGUCCCUCAAAGCUCUCUUAGCGCAUGCCUUGCUAUUCACCUUCUCUCUUCUGCUUGCUCUCAAGCUUGACCAUGUUCUUCACUCUUCAUGGUGGAUUGUAUUUUCCCCUCUAUGGCUUUUCCAUGCCAUGAUAGCGCGAGGCAGGUUUUCCUUGCCUGCUCCUUCAAUGCCUCAUGGUCGCCAAUGGGCUCCUUCUCAUUCAGUCGUAGCAACGCCAUUACUUGUUGCAUUUGAGAUUCUUCUGUGUAUACAUCUUGGGAGCAGUUAUGUUGUAAAUUUGAAGAUUGUCUUCUUGCCCCUGAUAGCUUUUGAACUAGCUAUUUUGGUUGAUAACAUCAGGAUGUGUAGGGCUUUGAUGCCUGGAGAUGACGAAAAUUUGACUGAUGAAGCAGUAUGGGAAACACUUCCUCACUUCUGGAUUUCAAUAGCCAUGGUCUUCCUUAUUGCUGCUACAGUAUUCACCCUUCUAAAGAUUUCUGGUGAUGUAGCUGCUUUAGGCUGGUGGGACUUAUUUAUUAACUUCUGUGUUGCACAGUGCUUUGCCUAUCUUGUUUGUACAAAAUGGCAUAAUCCAACAAUCCAUGGAGAUUGCCAUAUUACAGAACCAUGUUCAUCCUCCAGUUCCAUAACAUAUCUGGACUGGAAUAGAAGAGGCUUAGUAGUUUCCUGUGAUGAAGAUGACCAGCAAUACGGGUUAUGCAGUCGGCAGAACAUUGGUGGUCACAUUAUGAAAAUUCCAUUCAUUGCUUUCCAAAUUCUUCUUAUCAUGCAUUUAGAGGGAACACCAUCGAGUGCAAGGGAUAUAUCGAAUAGGGUCAUUUUUUCCCCACUUCUAUUGUUGCAAGGUGUUGGGGUUUUAUAUGCAUUGUGUAGAUCAGUAGAGAAGAUAGUUCUUUUAGUCUACACUGGAGAUAUUCCUAGAAGUUACUCAUCUGUAGCAUCAAAAGCCUUUGAUUGUUUCGGGUUCUUCCAUCGUGGGGCAAGGUUGCUGGGUUGGUGGUCCAUAGAUGAAGGGAGUAGGGAGGAAGAAGCUCGACUUUAUUUUUCCGGCACUUCUGGGUACAAUACUUUCUCCCCUGAUACGGUGAAGAAGAUGCCUAGAACAGAUCUCGUUGAGGAGAUUUUUAGGCUACAAGCUGCACUGGGUGAGCAGACACAAGUUACAAAGUUUAGCCAAGAGGAGUAUGAAAGACUUCAAAAUGAGAAGAUCUUAUGUAGGGUUUGCUUUGAAGAGCAGAUUAAUGUUGUCUUGCUUCCCUGCAGGCAUCACAUUAUUUGCAGUACUUGCUGUGAGAAAUGUAAGAGAUGCCCCGUAUGCCGAGUCAACAUCGAAGAACGGAUGCCUGUAUAUGAUGUGUAGACCGAGUUCAAUGAAGAUGUAUAGAGAGAUAUCCUAAUCCUGUUGACCAUUCUGGCUUGUGUUUUUAGAUGAAACAAGCACACAUGGGAGUACCAGUUUCUCUCCUCAUAGUUAUAGUCAUGAUGAGCAUUGAACAGAAGGAAGUUGUAUAUACUUUUUUUAGUUAUAGUGCAUUGAUGCAAUUCGUAUUAAGGAAGAUUUCCAUUCAUAGGAACAUUGUUUUUUUUUUAAUACAUACAGCAAAAAUGGGAAGCAUGGUCAAGGUCAUUGUUGAAGUGUGUAUAUGAAUUCAGAAUAACAUGCAGUUGAGGAUUCAUAUCCAUUCCAACAUAACUAUUGAGGCUUGUUUGCAGUUUGUUACCUUAAAA